UUUCCGGCUGGUGGGGGAGGGGUUUGGACAAGAUGGCCGGAUCCACAGUUAAAGUCCCUCGUAAUUUUCGCUUGUUGGAAGAACUUGAAGAGGGUCAAAAAGGAGUAGGAGAUGGUACAGUAAGCUGGGGUCUGGAAGAUGAUGAAGACAUGACACUUACACGGUGGACAGGCAUGAUUAUUGGACCACCAAGGACAAAUUAUGAAAACAGAAUAUACAGCUUGAAAGUAGAGUGUGGGCCUAAAUAUCCUGAAGCACCUCCAACAGUUAGAUUUGUAACUAAAAUUAAUAUGAAUGGAAUAAAUAAUUCCAAUGGAAUGGUGGAUGCACGAAGCAUACCAGUGUUAGCAAAAUGGCAAAAUUGUUAUAGCAUUAAAGUUGUACUUCAAGAGUUAAGGCGUCUAAUGAUGUCCAAAGAAAAUAUGAAGCUUCCACAACCUCCAGAAGGGCAAACAUACAACAAUUAAUUUUAGCUGAAUCCCAAACUUGUCUUAAACAACUUCUACUUAUGUUAAUGUCUUGAUUCAAUUUCACAAUGCAAACCACCCACACAUAAGAGUUUCUGCUGGUGUAUAUGAUCUGGACAUUGAAAGAAUAUAUAUGUAUAUGUAUGCCCCAUAUGUUUUCAGGCACAAUCAGAGAAAAAAGGCAGCACAAUUUUUUCCUCUUUACCAAGCACUAUCAUUUUAAGCAUAAGCCUGAAGUAGCCUAAAUUUGGAGCUCCAGUGUUUCAAGAUGAGCGCAUGACGGGAAGUGUCAGGUUGCUGUGGAAUAAUGUUUCAGAAACUUUUUCUCAAGAAGAAAAAAAAAAAACUAAUGGCAUGCUUUACCCAUCUUGCUUUAGUGAAAGAGCUGCAGAUUAAAACAAUUAAGUAGCAGGUACUGCAAAUA